AUGAGGGGAAGAGGAUAUGAUACAGAAGAACUCCAUCGUACUGACUUGUACAGCUUAUGGCUGUCUGUUACCAAUACCUGGAAGUAUGGGAUCUCGGCACUAGCUAUCCUCUUGCUCUUGGUGGCCCUCACGAUCUUAGCUUGCCAGAUGUGUCAGCUCCAGAAACACAAGAGUAUUAAUAAAAAGAAGAAAUACCACAGUCAAGGCUGUGUUAAGAGAGAGGCAGAGAAGGGCACGUCAGGAAAGAAAAUACCACCUUCUCUCCUUGACAUGGCCAAGCAGAACACAGAUCUCAAGAUCGAGAAGUUACGAGCUGAGCUGGACAAGCCAAGUGCCUGCCUUUCCUUCUCCUCCACCAGGACGGAGAACCUGAACGGCGUGAGCAGUGACUCGGAUUUCCUGCACAGCUCCCAGGGCAAACUGAAGUUUUCUCUCCUCUACUGCAGAGAGCGGUGCGAGCUGCUUUUGACAGGCCUGGAGGCCAGGGGCCCGCCUAGCCGAGGCCGUGCCAAGUCUGCUGUCCGUAUCCGACUGCUGAGGCAGGUCCCGUCCCGCAUCCCUGGGCUCCAGUACAUGGUCCAUGAAUGGCAAAGCCAGGUGGUGAAGAACUGCGGCAGGCCAGCCUUUGGGGACAAGUUUGUCUGCUCCCUGCGGGACACUGAGGUGGAGAAGAGCACUCUGAAGCUGGAGGUUCAAUGCUUCGACAAAUACUCCAGAAAUGCUGUGCUGGGAGAAGUCAGAGUUGCCCUGAGAGACCUAAAGGCUUCCCAAAGCCUGGUUUUAUGCGAAGAGCUGCAGAAGAGCACAAAGGACGUCGUGGGAGAAGUGCUCGUGUCCCUGAAGUGCCUUCCCAUCUCCCAGAGGAGAGAAGUUGGGCUGCUCAAGGCAAAAACUGCUCCCCCUUGCAGUACUGCAAAUAAGAAUGUACAUGCAUGGACAGAUGUUUCCUGCAGACGCCACAAACAAAAGCCCCAGAAAUCCAGGCCGCGGGCCCACGCACCACUCAUCGUUUUCAACGAGACUUUCCUGUUCCACAUGCCCGAGCCUUCGGCAUGGGACUGCACGGUCCUUGUCUCCACCUGUGAAGCGGACUCUGACCCCAGGCACCUCAUCGGACAGGCCACCCUGGGGAACACCAGAGCGAGCGACGCGGCUGACCACUGGCACCUUAUGAGAAAGUCUGUCCAGCAACCCGUGGCUAAAAGGCAUCCUCUGCUCAUUUAG